ACCCUCGUAGAGCGCACAGUUUCCGCCCUGAUCGGCAGCAGCUUUUUUACGUGGUUUGUUGUGUCGCAGAAUCCGUGUGUACAUUCGAGCGAGCAUCUCUUCACGAGCAGAAGCUGAUUAAAAAGAAGUGCAAUGACAUUCCGCUGACUCCGCGGACACCAGACAGGAUCCAGUUGGUUGCAGAUGCUCCCCUUCGUUUAGUGGGUCGGUUCCACCCCCCCCCCCCCCCCCCCCCGCCCUUCCCGCCCCAAAAAAAGUGUCGUCCUCACUUUGGACUGUGUGUGUGCGUGUCCGCCCAUUGUGCGUGCGUGUGUCUGUGAGUUGCUAGAGCAACAGAAAAAGCAAGAGUUUACUCUUCGCUCUGUCACCAAACGUCAUUCGAAGGAAGAAGGCCUUGAAGGCAGGAGGUUUUGAUUCGAUUCGAAGUGGUGUGUUUAUCACUCGCACAAUAUCAUAUCAUCAUCAACAUCAUCGCCACUACAACACGAUCUAGUGGAGUUCGUUUAGUGAAGGUGCGCGGGUUUGAUAGUGCUUCUUGGUGGAUGGAAAAUUAAAUCCUAGUUAAAAGAGGUUGAAUCGACCGAAAAAAAAGCCGCAUUGAACGGUGUGUGAAUCGGCGAAAGCAGAAUCAUUUCCUUGGGCUCUGCUUCCUUUUCUCAAAAAAAAAAAACGACGACUGGUGUGUGUACGUGUGAGUGCGUCUGUGUGCGUGCGACUGUACGCAUCCAAAUCCCGCCGGCUCUCUCAUCUUUCCAUCGCGCCACAACCGGAAACGACGCGGUCAACGCUGAAAAUCGGAUUGCAGAUUCCGCAGCAGCUGAUACAGAACGGUAGCGCAACAGUCAUCAUCAAGGAAUUGAAUCGUUGAUUCGCGCGCCGCCAAUCCUUGGCAUUGCGGAAAACCGACGAAGGUAUUUGUCCCAUCGCGUAGGUGUGUUAAGGUGCACUUGGCUUGUGCGGGCUUAGCGAGGUGGACUUCGGAUUCCUGCCAAAAAUUCAAACCACACGCGCACCCAAUUGGAGUAGUAAAUUAACGCAAAAUAUAGCACAACACAGCAGGAAGGAAGCAAAAGAGAAGGAAACCUCAACGAGCGCAAACUAGCCUACAAGUAAACGCAUACGACGCCGUAGCUUAUCAAGCAAAACAAUGAAAAUGUCUUCUCAACUGGCACAAACAGCAGGAGGAGCACCGACAGCCAUCUCGAUCCCGCCAGCCUCGCUCAAAUCGAUGUCCACGGCGAUGACGAUGCCAUCCUCUAACAACUCACAUCCAUCUGCUCACCAGUCCGGUGCUGCUGCGGCACAACACCAGCAAGGCUCAACGCCGGUGUCGAUGACGGGCUCUACCGGUUCCGGUGGUAGUGGUGGCGGUGGCGGUGGCGGUGGCUCUAUGACACCGAUUUCCGUGCAAAAUGCUAAUGCCAUCGCCAUCUCCAACUCCACGAUCGUAAAGGAAGGGUGGCUGUACAAGCGCGGUGAGCACAUCAAGAACUGGCGGUCGCGCUACUUCAUCCUGCGCGCCGACGGUACACUGGUCGGCUACAAGACGCGCCCGGAUACGGCGGUGACGGAACCAUCGAACAACUUCACCGUGCGCGGCUGCCAGAUCAUGUCGAUCGAUCGGCCGCGACCCUUCACCUUCAUCAUCCGUGGCCUACAGUGGACGACGGUGAUCGAGCGGAUGUUCCACGUGGAUGAUGAGGAGGAGCGUAAGGCCUGGGUGGAUGCCAUCCGCCGGGUGGCGAAUCGGUUGAACGAGGAGGAAGUCUACCAGACCGGUCCGGCGUCGUCACUGCAGCCGGACGAGGAGGAGGAAGACUGCGAAAUGGGCUCGAUCGCCGAAGAUGAGCUGCUUAGCGAGAAGAUACCGGUGUACGGCACCUCAACGGACAAGAUUAGCGGCAAAAUGAAGGUGACGCUGGAAAACUUUGAGUUCCUCAAGGUGCUGGGCAAGGGCACGUUCGGAAAGGUGAUCCUGUGCCGCGAAAAGAGUACCGCCAAGCUGUACGCGAUCAAAAUUCUCAAGAAGGACGUCAUCAUUCAGAAGGACGAAGUGGCUCACACGAUGGCCGAAAAUCGUGUGCUGAAGACAACGAACCAUCCGUUCCUCAUAUCAUUGAAAUAUUCUUUCCAAACCGUCGACCGGCUGUGCUUUGUGAUGCAGUACGUGAACGGUGGAGAGCUGUUCUUCCAUUUGAGCCGUGAGCGCAUCUUUCCCGAGGACCGCACCCGGUUCUAUGCGGCGGAGAUCAUCUCGGCACUCGGCUAUCUGCACUCGCACGGCAUCAUCUAUCGGGAUUUGAAGCUGGAAAAUCUGCUGCUCGACAAGGAUGGCCACAUCAAGAUUGCCGAUUUCGGGCUCUGCAAGGAAGACAUUACAUACGGGCGAACGACGAAGACGUUCUGCGGGACGCCCGAGUACCUGGCGCCGGAAGUGCUCGAGGAUAACGAUUAUGGUCAUGCGGUCGACUGGUGGGGUACCGGGGUCGUAAUGUACGAGAUGAUUUGUGGUCGGUUGCCGUUCUACAACCGCGAUCACGACAUUCUCUUCACGCUCAUCCUGAUGGAGGAGGUGAAGUUCCCGCGUCAGAUCAGUGCUAAUGCGCGCAGUUUGUUGAGCGGGCUGCUGGUGAAGAAUCCGAAGCAGCGGCUAGGUGGUGGUCAGGAGGAUGCCAAGGAGAUCAUGGCGCAUCCGUUCUUCGCCAGUAUCAACUGGACAGAUCUGGUGCACAAGCGUAUAACGCCCCCGUUUAAGCCCCAGGUUACCAGUGACACCGAUACGCGAUACUUUGAUAAAGAAUUCACCGGUGAAAGUGUCGAGCUGACACCUUCCGACAAUAAUGGACCUCUCGGGGCGAUCCAGGAGGAACCACACUUUUCCGAAUUCAGCUACCAGGACAUGGCAUCGACGAUGAACACACCAAGCUACAUCUCGUCGAACCACUCUUCCAAUCACUCUUCCCACCACUCCUCAGCGCACCAUUUUCCACACAAUCCAUCCAACCACCACGAUCCUUCGAUGCAGUGAGCCGCUAUCGGGCUGAAUGGGGCUCCUUCUCAUUGAGUGUGACGACGGUAGAAGCUCUAGCAGACUACCGAGUAGAGGCUCCGGCGGCCACUUCUCUACUUGGUACCGGAUGUAGUCGAGUCAGGUUGCUGCUGGCACAACCCGGGGGUGUGGUAGACGUUGAGGCAGAUGUACCGGGUAUACUCACACGCUCAUGGAUCGCUUCGACCGGUUGCGCAGCGUAUCGAGACAACCACAGUAUCUGUGAGUUUCAAGAGAACCAGGGAAAUAGCACCCCGGCCCCAGAUGCAGGCUGAGGGGAAAUGACAAGAUCGAUUACGAUUGAAUCCUACCGGACUUCUUUCAUGUGCUCGUCAAACUCCAUGGUGUUCGCAAUGUCCGUUCCUUAUAACAGCCAAUGGUUACUGGAUGUACCUAUUUGCUUUUUUUUUUUAAGUACACCUCAUGACGCGCGCGUAUAUUGACGCGUGCUUGCGGAGAGGUAUGAUGGAGAUCAAAGCUGUUAAAGCGAUGCUGCUAAGCAGCUCAGAAAACAGCGAAACCCCGCCCAUGUAUCUAGAUGCAAUUCAUAUACUCGCAGCACUCUGUCAGCAUAACGAUUCAACUGAUCGGCAGAUUCCUACAGAACAGACCCCACACCACAACCUACAUGCAGACACAUAGACUACAGCCACAUAUAAUAAGUUUAAACUGAUCGCAAUGUGCCAAUUUUUUUUGCCAUAGUUGCCCGUACGGAGCGCCAAUCAAUCCCCCCCUUGGAUCUCAACUCAACAUAUUACAUAGUGAGGUAUCAGCUGAUAAUAUUACUUACCUAUCCCGUAGGUCAGUGUGUGGGUGUAUGUUGAAAACCAUAUGCAGUGCAAUUCAAUGCAUCCUCGCGUGAGGAAUUCUUUUUUUUUGUAUGAAUUAUUGAUUAUUUGAUACUUUGUAAGAAACAUUCUUUUUGAUACUUAGCAUCUGGGUGCAUCCUUCCUCCAUUUCCGGUCAUAUUUUGUGUACUAUCCGUUUAAGAAAUGAAAAAAGAAAAAAAUAAGCACAUACACACAUACAAACAAUUUAUUAUAGUAAUACGUCCUGUCCAAAGGAUUGUGCGUCCUGCAUUUAGCGAGAUGCGAAAAGGAAAAGUAGACGAGCCGAGAUUAAUGGAACCCCAGAAACCCAAACAACUGCCCCUUGAUCAUACCGCUAGGAGGAUGAACCGCUUAAUGUUAUCGACAGUCAAACAGUGGGCGCGUGUGUGGCGUAUGUGGGCGCCCUCGGAAUCGUGUGUACUAAUACCGUGUGACGACGACGAAAUGCAUAGAAAUAACGCGGAAAGCAACGGGCUGUGAUAGAACGGAGUUGAUGAUAACAUGUAAGAACUGUAGAAAACGUAGUGAGGUCGCCAAUGGAGCUACCAACUCUUAGGCUAUAGAAUAUGAUGUUGAUGAAAUGAAGGAGGAAAGCAUUGCGAAAGUGACAUUGGAGUGCUGUAUGAAGCUAUGGAGCUGAAACUACUGGCACUAGCAGCAGCUCGUGGUGCUAAGAGAAUGAAGUUGAAUGUAGCCACGAGGCAUGUAAUGUAGGGCGAACAAUAGAAUGACUACUGGGGGUUGAAUUAAGAAGAAUGGAAACGGCGACGCCUCUCAACGCUCGGUAGUAGUGUGGGAAAACGAUCGAGGAACAAAAUGAAAUGGGCAUGCGCCUAAGAUAAUUUGCUUGUCGGGCCCGGCGGCAUGUGGUUUUAAGAUACAAAUCAUCCAUUUUGUGCGCUCGCGAACAUAAGGCGGUCUUCUAACAUCGAUAACAACUGCGUAAAAUUUUGGUUGUAUGUUCUUUUUUUUAUGUCAAGUAGGCACCGAUCCUAGAGGAGAAGUAGAAAGUAGUUAGGUACUGAAAUGUAGGGGAAUUAGCAACAGCAUCAGCAGCAGCAGCAGCAGCAGCAGCAUCAUCAGGCAUCAACAAAUUCACACCGGACAAGCUCUCAUUAAAGAGAAGAUGUAGAUUUGUAGUGUCAUUUUGGAACAACAGCCGAGGAAAUAUAUAUAUAUAUAUACAUAUAUCACUGCCUUA